AAGCCCUGCAAGGAGCUUCUCGAAGCCACGGGGAAUGCAGGCGUGUGCGGGCGUCGCCAGGUCUGCCCCGCCUUGCGCUCGUGCCGUGCGCGGUCGCCGCUGCAGGGACCGGUUUUACUUGGUGCCCAUACACGGCCUUGGGCUUGCUUUUUUCUUUUUGUAAACUGCUGAGUAUGGAGAGGCCCCGCCCUUCCGCACCCGGCUGAGGCCGGGCCGGUCCCGCCCCGCGCCCCCCGGCGGGUGUUCUUCCCCGUACGGCGCUGGAGGGCCUGGCGGCGGCGGCGCAUGGAGCCCCGGGCGGUGCCCUCCUGGCUGCAGCCCAGGUAUAGGAAGAAUGUCUACCUUUUCAUCUACUACUUAAUCCAAUUCUGUGGCCACUCAUGGAUAUUUACAAAUAUGACAGUCAGAUUCCUCUCAUUUGGAAAAGAUUCCAUGGUUGACACUUUCUAUGCGAUUGGCCUUGUGAUGCGCCUUUGCCAGUCUAUUUCGCUCUUGGAGUUGCUGCACAUAUAUGUUGGCAUUGAAUCAGACCAUCUUUUUCCUAGGUUUCUGCAGCUCACAGAGAGAAUCAUCAUCCUCUUUGUGGUGAUCACCAGUCAAGAGGAAGUCCAAGGGAAAUAUGUGGUGUGUGUUUUAUUCAUCUUUUGGAAUCUGUUGGAUACGGUUAGGUACACUUACUGCAUGUUAGCAGUCAUAGGAAUAUCCUAUGCGGUCUUGACAUGGCUCAGUCAAACCCUGUGGAUGCUGAUUUAUCCUUUGUGUGUCCUCGCAGAAGGUCCAUCUAUGUUGUUGCAAAUAGCAAGAUUUCAUUUAUUCCCAUGGCUUAAUAAUAUUCCAUUGUAUCAUUUGCCAUCUAUCAGUCACUGCCUUAUUUUGAAUCAUUUGGUACUUACUCCACAAAGCUGCCCUUUGACUUAUCCAUUUAUUUCCCAUAUGUGCUGAAACUAUAUCUCCUGAUGCUCUUUAUAGGUAUGUAUUUUACCUACAGUCAUCUUUACUCAGAAAGAAGAGACAUCCUCAGAGUCUUUCCCAUUAAAAAGAAGAAAAUGUGAAGUACAGCAUUCUGAUGUGAGGAAAAGCAGCCUGUGGAGUCAGCUUCAGUAAACACAGCACAGGAAGCAUUCCGGUGGGAAGAUACCUAGUAUUUGAUAAAACUCCAUGACUGACAAUUGUAUUCCUCCCCGGAGUAGACACACCACAGUAGUCUAUGUUCUUCCAUAUUGUAUUUCCAAACACCCCCUGUAACACCAAAGCUGUGGAUUCUGCACAGGUUAAAGUUGUAUCAGGAAGUCUGAUCAUUUUCCUAUAAAGUUAAGAAAUAGGAAAUUAACUGGAAUAUGUUCAUUAAAUUGAAAACCAAAAAUGUUAACCUAAAUUACAUCUAUUUCUUUUCAGAAUUCCCAACUACAGUAGACAUCUAUUUCUUUUCAGAGUUCCCAACUACAGGGAAGCAAUGACUAAAUAUUCUGUGUAGUUGUCUAGAAUAACAUAUUUCACAGAUGUCACUGUCCCCAGAGGUAAACAUUAGAUACACCUAGAAAAUUAUUUUCUAGACUUGGAUGAAAACAGAAUAAAUCUUUGGUAAAUAUAAAAAUAAUGCCCCCAAUUUUUUUUAAACAGGCUGUAUACAUAUCUUACAAGGAGGUACAAAGAUAUAGUAAAAAUUUAUUAAGAAAUCUGAAAUAUUGCUAAUUCUUGAUUUACUAUUAUAUCCAAAAUGUAUGUGAAUUGACUAAUAGAAUCAUUUCUGUACCAUCAAUGUAUUACUCACUUUUCUUGAAAGAAUUAUAGAAUCUUAUCCA